GGUAUGCAAGGCAUGGCCAUUGGUAUAGUGUAUUUGUUAUUUCCCUUUAUUUUCCAAGAUGUUUUUUAUCCUUGUGCACUUAUACAAUGGUUUGUACCUAUUUAUAACAGACUUGACAAAAUGACUGGAAUAUGGGUUGUCUGUCCUAAGUUUGAUGCUAACAGUGCCAAGAGCAUGGCUAUGAUCUAUUCCAACUGCGUCACAUGUAGAGCUUUGCUUAUAGGUCCAUUUGGAGAGGGCUUUUUGUCUAAGAACUUUUACUUCUUGGAUUCUAUUGACACUUCACAGGCUUUUUAUGCAUCUGGAAAAUCACUCCCUUGUAUUAGCUCUGGAUUAUAUCUAAUAGUGUCUCAAAGUAUCUAA